AUACUUUUUGUUGUUAUGUCUUUCCAUGUUUCAUCCCAGGAUCCCGUCCCCAGUGGAUUUUCAGCAGGGGAUGUAUUGAUCCCUUUAGCGGAUGAGUAUGAUCCGAUGUUCCCGAACGAUUACGAGAAAGUUGUAAAACGCCAGCGAGAAGAACGGCAAAGGCAGCGCGAGCUGGAGAGGCAGAAAGAGAUUGAAGAAAGGGAGAAGAGGCGCAAAGACAGACACGAGGCAAGUGGGUUUUCCAGACGGCCGGAUCCAGAUUCGGAUGAAGAUGAAGAUUACGAGAGGGAGAGGCGGAAACGAAGUAUGGGAGGAGCUGCCAUCGCGCCACCUACUUCUUUGGUUGAGAAGGACAAAGAACCUUUAUCCCCCUACGAGGAAGAGUCAAGGCCUCGUGGUUCAUCAUCCAAGGCUGCCAUUCCUCCCCCGAUGUACGAUGAGCCUGAGAGACCUCGUUCCCCAACCGGGCCCAGCAAUUCCUUCCUCGCAAACAUGGGAGGCACGGUGGCGCACAAGAUCAUGCAGAAGUACGGCUUCAGAGAAGGGCAGGGUCUGGGGAAGCACGAACAGGGCCUGAGCACCGCCCUCUCGGUAGAGAAGACCAGCAAGAGGGGAGGCAAAAUCAUCGUUGGAGACGCUGCUGAUAAAGGAGAUCCCUCGAAGAAAUCGGAUUCAAACCCUUUAACAGAAAUACUGAAAUGCCCAACCAAAGUUGUCUUAUUGCGGAAUAUGGUUGGAGCUGGGGAGGUUGACGAAGACCUUGAAGGUGAAACGAAAGAAGAAUGUGAAAAAUAUGGCAAAGUUGGGAAGUGUGUGAUUUUCGAGAUUCCUGGUGCUCCUGAUGAUGAAGCCGUGAGAAUAUUUUUGGAAUUUGAAAGAGUGGAAUCUGCAAUUAAAGCGGUGGUUGACCUGAAUGGAAGAUACUUCGGAGGACGAGUGGUGAAGGCCUGUUUCUACAACCUGGAUAAAUUCCGAGUCUUGGACCUCGCGGAACAAGUCUGAUUUUCGUUUCGUCAAACUGGGACACGUCACCAUCUGGUGAUCUCAAAAGAGUUUUCAUCUGCAUGUGGAGAGCAUAGAGGAAAGAGGCGAUGUGACGUCUUUUCUGACAAACUGGAACUAAUCCUUGAUCGGCCUUGAUCGGCUUAUUCCUUGCAAUGGACAGAUUUUAUUUGUAUUUUUAUUGUAGUAUAAAAUUCCUUAAAAGA